UCUACGCGUAAGAACUUGUCAAUGUUGUAAUGACGGGCGCCUUGCUGUAAGCCUGUAAACCUCAUGCGCAGACAUGCCUGACCGCCUACCAUACCGAGACCCCGGAUUUUGCCGCUCCCAGUUCCGAUAGCUUCAGCUUCAAUUCAAUGCCAAGGCAAUAACUAGCAGCUUCCAGCUCGACUUUCAGCUCUCCGAGUUCGCGAGCGUGGACCGCAUCUUUCGCCAUGUCAACCAUCACCCUCACAUCCAUUCAAUCGGGCAACCCGCCGACAAUACCGCUGCCUUUCAACGCGAGGCAACCGCACAAGGUCACGCUCUACCCACUUUCCAACUACACGUUUGGCGUCAAGGAAACACAACCAGAGGAGGAUCCGUCGGUCAUCGCUCGAUUGAAGCGCCUCGAAGAGCACUACGCCGAGCAUGGGAUGCGCCGCACCUGCGAGGGGAUCCUCGUCUGCCAUGAGCACAACCACCCACACAUCCUGAUGCUGCAGAUCGCAAACGCCUUCUUCAAGCUGCCAGGUGAUUACCUCAAACCCGAAGAAGAUGAGGUGGAAGGCUUCAAGUCCAGGCUAGACGAGCGCCUGGCACCGGUCGGGCGCCUGGGAGAGGGCGAAGAAGCUGGGCAGUGGGAGAUUGGCGAGUGCCUCGCGCAGUGGUGGAGGCCGAACUUUGAGACGUUCAUGUACCCAUUCAUCCCUGCGCAUGUCACACGUCCCAAGGAAUGCAAGAAGGCCUACUUUAUUCACCUGCCCAAGACCAAGAUCCUUAGCGUACCUAAGAACAUGAAGCUCCUCGCCGUUCCACUCUUCGAGCUCUACGACAACACCGCCCGAUACGGCCCCCAGCUUUCAGCUAUUCCUCAUCUCCUCAGCCGCUACAAUUUCGAAUUUGUCGACGAAAACGGCAAGGUCGUGGCGGUAACGCCUGGCGAGGGGGCGCCCGAGGGCUAUGUGCCACAGACCAAGGUCCUCGCAGGGGACGACACCGACAUGAAGGAAACGAAGGACGAAAACGAGGCGGAGUCAUGAACGGCGGAUAGCAUAUUGAUAUUUGGCAUUGGCGUUAGGCGUUCACGUAGGCUGCGCAUUGCAUCGGUUGGAGAUCAUGCGGUGUUCUUUAUUCGACUGUUUUCUCCAUCAAGGUCGUGAGCGACCUUAGGACUUUUCACCCUGAAUGGUGGCCAUCACGCGGCGCGAAUGCUUCGAAGCUCUGAACUCGAGAUACCAAAUACCUUGCCAAGUUCCUGUCGCCUUGUCC